GCUGAGGGCCCGAACCCUGGCGACGUGCGUGCGUGCGUGCGUGUGUGCGCGCGACCCGUUUAGUCCCGUUCUGCUUCUGCUCGGUCGUCCCCGGCGCGGAGUUGGGCAGAGUCGAGUCUUGAACAAAAGUAUAACAUAAAAAUGGCUUCGAAAAGAGCUCUGGUCAUCCUGGCCAAAGGAGCAGAGGAGAUGGAGACAGUCAUUCCUGUCGAUGUCAUGAGGCGAGCCGGAAUUAAAGUCACCAUUGCGGGUCUGGCUGGGAAGGACCCAGUGCAGUGUAGCCGAGAUGUUCUCAUUUGUCCGGAUGCCAGUCUGGAAGAUGCAAAAAAAGAGGGCCCCUACGACGUGGUGGUUCUGCCGGGAGGUAACCUGGGCGCACAGAACUUAUCUGAGUCCGCUGCCGUGAAAGAGAUCCUGAAGGAGCAAGAGAAGAGGAAGGGCCUCAUCGCCGCCAUCUGUGCAGGUCCGACGGCUCUUUUGGCUCAUGAAAUAGGUUUUGGAAGCAAAGUUACGACACACCCGCUUGCUAAAGACAAAAUGAUGAAUGGGAGUCAUUACAGCUACUCCGAGAGCCGCGUGGAGAAGGACGGCCUGAUCCUCACGAGCCGCGGGCCUGGAACCAGCUUCGAGUUUGCUCUCGCGAUCGUCGAGGCGCUGAGCGGCAAGGACGUGGCCGACCAAGUGAGGGCCCCGCUCGUGCUCAAGGAUUAGAGCGGGCGCCUUCGAGAGUGAGCUAGAGAAACAGGCCGUCUGCAGCCAUUCUCCCCGCGCUCACUCUAAGCAGAGGGAGCCGUCAGCGUGCAGAGGAGCCUGGUCCCUGCCCGCGACGCCUGCGCUCGCGUCCCCCCCACCCCAACCUUGACUGUCGAUAGAUGGCAUUUAGCGAACUACUGAUUGUUUGCAUUUAUGUCUGGUUUCCCCUUUGUUGUUUGUGAAAUCAACUCCUUGUGAGCCUCACUCACGGCUGUUAGCUGUUGAUGCAGCCACUGAGGUGAACGAAUAGUGACCGCGUUUGUGACAGCAAGAAGGCAAAGGAUGAAAGCCAAGAUUUAAGAGGCUGUGAUUUCCUCCCAUUUGUUAAUUGCGUAUCAUUAAUGUGCUAUUAAAAGAUACCCCCGAA